UUGCUGCGGCGGCGGCAGCGGGCGCGCGGGCGGGGGAGCUGGGAGGAGCAGCAGCAGGAGGAGGUGGAGGUGGAGGUGGUGCAGCAGGUGGCGAGGAGGCGGAGGCGGACGAGUCCCGCGUGCUUCGGGACCUGUUCGACGGUGGAGCAGGCCUCCGCGGCCUGGUUGACCACUCCCGCAUCGAGGCCGCCAACGACCCGGAGCACCUGCACCUGCACGCGGAGGCGCAGCGGCUGGCACAGCGCGCAGCAGAGGCACUGCGCCGCUCCCGCCAGGCCUGCGCCGCCGCCUCCAUCGCCACCCCCACCUGGACUGGGCGACAUGGACAUGCGGGGGCGCCGGGUGUGGGGGGCGGGGGGGCACGAGCUGCUGCUGCUGGUGCUGCUGCUGCUGCCACCUCGGCUGCAGCAGCAGGAGGAGGAGGAGGAGGAGCGGCUACGCCACCGCGGCGGUUUGGUAACGUGACGAAUGCUCGGUUGCGUGCUGGGGGCGGUGGUGGUGCGGGGUCUGAGGGGGCUGGGAGCCCAGCAACAGGAGCAGCAGCGGUGGAGCCGCAGCAGUUGUUCAGCGGAGCGGUGGCAGGGGCACGCGGAGCCGCCGGCAGGGCGGGUGGUGGCGGAGGUGGCGGCGCGCCCGCCUCCUCCGCUGCGCUGCUCGCCCAGAUGCGCAGUCGUCAGCAGGCGGUGCGGGGGGCGGCGCGGGCGGAGGCGGCGGCGGCGGCCAGAGGCCGACGAGCCCCCGUAGGCGGUAGUGGUGGUGGCCGCGGUGGUGGCGGCGGUGGCGGUGGCUCCACCGCUGCUGUUAUUACCAGCGCUGAGUCUCUUGCUUCCGAGCUGGUUUCCUUCCUGACCUCACGCGGCGGUGUGGCAGGGAGUGAGGCGGUGGUGGGUGCGUUCCGCGGGCGUGUGGAGGCAGCCAGCAUGCCGCUGUUUAAGCAGGUGUUGCGGCAGGUGGCGGUGCUGAG